AUGACUGCGUCAAACACCAUGUUGGCCAGACAGGAAGAAAACUUGCUACGAGAAUACACGAACACAAGCUUGCCAGCAGAAGACAUGACCCAAUGUCACUUAUCUCAAUUCACGAAGACAGAGAAGGACACACGUUCAAUUAGGACAAUGUUCAAAUACUUGCUCACGCAAGAACAAAACGGCAGCGAGAAUUUGCCGAGGCGUGGUACUCCAAACAAAAAUCGGGUCAUAUUAAGCAAGGGAGUUGAACUCAACGCUCUUGAACAAACAGCUCCAACCUUUGAAGAGGAUUCUGUGGCCAUUGUCAUCCACAUUCAGUGUACCGUCAUUUUCGGAAGCCAGCGACGUUGGUUAGAAUACGAGCCCGAGCACCGAAUAGUGACGGCUAACGUGGAUUGGUCAGGCAAUGCAUUGGACCCGCACCUCAAGCUCCACUAA